CACAAUUGUACAAUUAAGUAUGAGUUAAAUUCCUUAUAUAGAGAGGAGGACAAAGAACACAUUUAACUAAUUGAAUUAUAAAUGCUCUACUUUCAGACAACUGUUACCAUGGCAAUUAUAAUUUGGUGAAACAAGGUGGACGAUUGAUAUCAAGUUGUACAGAAAUUAGAACAAUUUUUGAUAUAAACUUAGAGAUUUGUCUAAAGAUUGCUUGCGUAUUCAGGAGCAAUGUGGUUACAUAUAAACAUCGUACACAUCAAAACUAUUCUUGCUCCAUGUACAGAUGUGAGUCAAAUGAUAAUGGGACUGAUUGGGAAUAUAAGUGGCAAAAGGGAGAGGAGUGGGUACAAACAAAAGCCUUUGCUUUACCACACCCUUCCACACCGAAAUGCCACAACUCAUACUUUAUACAAAGGACUUGGAACGCACAUGAAAAUGUCCAUGAUAUAUGCUCCAAAAGGAUCUAUGUGGGUGUGAAUGAUAUUGAAUCUUGUAUGUCGAUUGCAUGUGAAGAGAAGGCAGAUGUUUUAGACUAUGUAACAGAUGACAGAACAUGUACAAUUAGCCAUUGUAGUUGGAAAUUUAAAACUUGGGAAUAUAACUUUUACUUUGCAAAAACAUUGGAGGUAUCAGAUAAAGUAGCCACAUACACAUUGUCACCACCUAUAUACCCACCUAUGUCGACAGAAAGCAAAACAUCAACAACAACAUUAAAUAAUACUAUCAGAGAAUCAACAAAAUAUAUAAUAGCUACAACAAAAGAUCCUCUAAAUGAACACGAAACUACCAAAGGUACUUUCGCAGCUUUGACAGAACAAAUGGAAUCAAUCAGAUCCAAAAAUUUUGACUUCAAAACACUUGCCAUGGUAAUGGCUGGAACAACAGCAUUGUUCUUUAUAUUAAGUGCUCUAACAGUUAUUUAUAUAAUUUGCCAAAGAUUCAGUAGGAGACAAACACCAUCCAGGAAUAAUAGACCAGCAUCUUCAGCUUGCACAUACAAUUGCAUUGAUGAAGAGGUUUCAACAGUCCCACUACAAAUAUCACGAUGACGAAGAUGCCUUUGUGAGGAAUACAUCAGAGAGAAGUGAGCCUGUCCACAAUGACAAAGAAAGAUAUAUAUGCUCAAACAUUUCUAACAAAUGGUAGAAUAGACCACGUGGCAGAUUAAGUAUAACUGAAACAAUGCCAUUAAAAUCAAUUGAAACUAAGGUUUUAUAUUGUCCAAAGUUAGUUUGACAUGCACUGGAAUGUACA